GUUCAAAGCGGUUUUUAACUGGUACCUGGUACUCGUACGGAUCUUGUUUCUGACACCAACGCGAACAACUGUGUGAGAGUGAAAAGCAACGACCAUGGCACAAAAUGUAUUUGCCGCUGGACUUUUCCUCCGAUUGAACAAACAGUGCUCUGGUAGCUAGCUAGCCAUACUUGACGACAAUGGUCAACAGUUCUAAGAAGCGUUUUGCCGCCGCUCGAAAUGCAGCCAAUGUGUCGCCCAGUGGAUCUUCUCAACAGAGCAACUCUCCCCAAAAUGGCACCUCGGCAUUUUCGUCCGAAGCCACUGCCCACUUUUCCGAUGAAGAUACCACACCCAUUCCAUCUCUGCAUGGAAAUCUUGUGAGGAAUCGAUUCUGGAGAGACCCACUGGAAUUCUAUGAACCAUUGGAGAUACUGGGAGAAGGAUCUAUGGGUAGCGUGUCCAAGGUCCGAAAGAGGAAUGAAGUGAUUGGAGGGUCCGCCAGGUCUGCGUAUCUCAAAACACAUGGUAAACCCAAGGGCUUCUUCGGCUCCUUUUUUCAGUUUUUACCUUUUUCGCGACACAAUUCCGAUGCUUCGUACACUUUUGGUUCCGGUUCCACCAACCGACGCACUCAACAACAACCCAAACAACACAACUGUUUUGCGCUAUUCUGCUUUCCCGCGCGGCACAAGAAAGAUUCGGCUUUACUGGACCCAAUCAUGGAAGACGACGAUGGAGCAGACGGCAAAAAGAGUCAAGAUCAGGGAUGUUGGGGAGCUUGGUUUGGUGGUGGGGCUACUAGUGUCGAGAGUAGUAGGCAUGAUGGCAGUGGUGGAAAAGCAAGCAGACAUCAAAGUUUCUCCCCGAAAGAUAGCUUUUCCGAACAGAAUGACGACGACCUACUGAAACAAGAAGAUUACGAAGCCAUUGAACGACAGGUGCAAAGGGCACUCAAACAUUCUACCUCUUCAUUGAUUACAUACGGUCACAAAGAUGCAGUCUAUGCGCUGAAAUCAAUCCACCUUGACAGGGUUUCCAAUUCUGACUUUAUGAAGGAGCUCAAGAAUGAAGUCGCCAUUUUGAAGGAGCUGGAUCAUCCACAUAUUGUGAAAUGCUUCGAGACCUUUCACUAUAAUGCAAGUCUAUUUUUGGUCUUGGAAAUUUGUUCAGGCUCGGAUUUGUAUUCACGAGAUCCUUACAUGGAGGCCAGCGCGUGCACUAUAAUACGCUCUGUCCUCAGUGCUGUGGCUUACAUGCAUUCCAAGAAAAUCACUCAUAGAGAUUUAAAGUAUGAAAACAUCAUGUUUUCCACUCAAGACCCUGAUUCCGAAGUGAAGAUCAUAGACUUUGGCUUGAGUAAGAAGUAUGCCGACAAAGCACGCUUGCAUGAUUGUGUAGGGACUGUGUACACAAUGGCACCAGAGUUGCUCACAGGCGGAUACACAGAGUUGGUGGACGUCUGGAGUGUGGGCGUCAUUGCAUUUAUGCUUCUCUCCAGUUCCAUGCCUUUCUUUGGGAAAGACCGCAAGCAAGUGAUAAGGCGCAUCGUCAAAGGGCACUAUCAGUUCAUCAGUCGACGCUGGAAAACCGUCUCGUCGGGUGCUAAGGCCUUCGUUGUAAGACUUUUGCAAGACAAGCCUGACAAACGCCCAUCUGCAGCAGAAGCCUUGGCUGACCCAUGGCUUCGCAAAUGGGACUUUGAUUGCUCGGGCUUUGCUCCCGAAGUGGCAAUGAUGGACAAGGUGCAAGCGACAAUCCAAACAUACUCUGGGUACGGCAAACUGAAAAAGAUUGCCUUGAUGCUGAUUGCGUACCGGUCAAGCAGUGAGGAGAUUGGCUCCUUGCGUUUUAUGUGGGACGUUUUCGACAAAAAGCACGACGGAGAAGUGACGUUGGAGGAGUUCAAAGCCGUCCUUGUCGCAUAUGAAUAUUCCGACGAAGAGUUUGAGAGGAUGUUCAACGCCAUGGACUUGGAUGGAACGGGGCUUGUUCAUUACAGCGAGUUCCUCGCGGCAACAAUUGAAUCUCACGGAUCCAUUAGUGAGGAACAAGUUGCAGAGUGCUUUGACAGGCUCGACGCCGACGACAGUGGCUAUAUUACCAAAGCUGAUAUUGUAUCCCUGUUGGGUGGUGGCAUUCCGCAGUCAUACAUCGACGACAUAAUGGCUGAAGCAGAUAUUGACAACGACAAAAGGAUAUCAUACCGCGAAUUCUUGGGUUUGUGGGAUCAAAAGGGAGAUGCAAAGAUGAAACGAGAUCACGAAGAUGUCAAGAAACGAAGACACCGCCGUGCAGAUUCGGCCAUGUCACAAGCUUCCUUCUCGUCUGAUCUUUCUGACGACGAAUUUGAUGACUUCGAUAUUAACCCUACCUUCUCUUUUGAAGCAAACGAGAUUGCGAAGAUGUUGGAAGCGCCAAAUACUCCUGUGAGCGGCAGAAGAAUAUCAGCAGUGAAUGUUUUUGUACUUGAGAAAGAUAAGUCUCUCCGCUCGCAAUCUCUUCGGAACAGUGCCCAUCAAGCAGCAAUCGCGAAGAGCGGCGUGGAAUAUGGAUCUCCUCCAGCCAGCGGCACCACUCUCGUGUCUGGGAGCGUUGAUGCGCAGUAUGCCUCGCCUCCAAAAUCCAUGGGUGCACGGAGCAUCCAAGUUGCCUAGACAAACACAAUAAUAGCGUCCCUACCGUGUGUCUUAAUUAACAAACCGGAACCUCUACAACGUUGUAGCAUUCCCUGCUUGGAAAGUAGCCUGUGAUCUACAGUAUCUCGGGACCUUGUUACAUGUAGCUAUGAUUUUGCCUUCUCUGAUUCCAAUCCACUACUGUUCUCGCUACCGGUAUUGGUUCCUGGCGUGGACGCGUCACCCCCCUGGGCUACCACGUUCCCUUUCUUUUCUGUGGCAUUUCCCUCCAACGGCGCUUGCGCCACCCCUGUGUCAUCUUUCUCCGAGCCCGAGGCUGCUUCUUUUUCAGCCUUUUCUUUUCGCUCUCGUUGUCGUUUGCUGGAGAAGGGCUUGUGAAAAGCAUCAUGCAGUCUUGUCACCUUUACCUGUCCCAACCCCGGAACCAUUCCCAGCUCAUCCUUGGUCGCAGCCAUGAUGGCCUUUACCGAGGAAAACUGUGAGAGCAGCGAGGCAGCAUCUGUUUUAUUGACACCUGUGCCCCCAGCGAGAAAGUCAGCUGCCUGGUCGGCAAAGUUUGUUUUUUCCUUUCUCAUAAUGAGGGAGCAGUCAUUACCAUCUAACGCCUUGUAUGACUCCAAAUACCUUGCAGCUUCCUCUUCCGUCCAAGCGAGUAUCAUGGUGAAGUUUUGCUGGACUGCCAAUUUGUUGAGAUACAGCAAUGUGGAUUGAUUGUCAUCCAUGUCGACCAGGACCAAAAGGACUCUCAGCUGGAAAUCAGUUCUUAGUUCAGCAAUUCGUUUGUGAAUGUACUGGGGAUGCAGAUUGUGGUAUUUCAAUGACAGAAACUAAAAGGAUUCACCGGCAAGUUGGUGAUAAGAUUCAGGCAAAUGGCGCCGCAACACGUAGGCAAGCCGCCUUUACUAGCAGGCAAGCUGCACUUACCAGAGCACAAGAGGUUGGACUAAGCAGGUAAUCUGGCACCAUUCUCGAGUAGGCGAAUGGAACGUUUCGAAUAAAAUUCAAGAUGCCAUUGCCCCUUUGUUUAGUGGAUACACUGAGUACAUGAGGCUGUAUCAUUGCGUGGUGAUCCCGAUCGGUCAUGGUAUCUUCAAAGGCACGCUGUUCAGCUCGCUCAUGUGCAUUAUUGGCACCCGCAUUCUUUCCAUCUGCAGUAGCUUGCUGAAAAUAUUCUGUCUCGUCAAUGGCCCCAAAAGCUUGCGAAAAGGAAGAUCCUGCAAAGGCUUGCAAUGCCGGUGGUUGAGAAUCUCGAGCAAUUUGGGGUUUAUCAGCUCGCUUUUGGGGGCGAUCAUUGUCAUUUGUAGUAGGAUUAUUUCUCUUGCUGCUGGUUCCAAUGCUGGUUCCUGCCGAUGUCGCCGCUGUCUUGGGCUUCUUGGAAGCAUAAGGAUUCUUCUUGGCAGCGUAUGGAUUCCUUGCUCGCGCCACGGCCGCAAUGUUCCCACUGCCACCUCCUCUAUUUUCGUUUGUCGGGCCACCUGACGGUGGUGGUUUUUGCUGGCCACUCGAAGGGUUUGUUGUUGAUGCCAUAGUAGUAUAUCUAUGGGAUCAUAAAGCUAUGAGGAAGGGAUAAUGUGGCUAAGUCGUGAAGUCGUGCCAUGGUCCAUGGUCAGCACUUCUUUGGAGGGAUGGAGGAUAGCGGUACACUGGUAACUGGUACCGAUAGUGCGGGUUACAACAUGUACUCGUCGAAAAAUCUAAAAGUUUGUAAGGGUUAGAGUUUCUCCACGCUGAGCCACCAUUGCUCCACGCUACCUGGUACGUGUACUGUACGAUCUGUUGCCCUGUCCAUCUGGUUCAAGUUUUUUAUGGAAGCUGCAACGGCGCCUCGGAUACUCUCUCCUCU